AUGGUUAAAAUUGAAGAGUUAAAUCGGAAGAGAAGUUCGGCGAAGAAAAAGUUCGACGACGAGGUAAAAAGCUUCGAAUUUGUGCUAGAAGCUCGCCCGGAAAUACAUAGUCUUGAAGAGGCUUUUGGCGAAGUCAAGGUAAAAUAUAAAGCUGUAAGAGAAAUACAUGAUGGAAUUACUGACUUAAUGGUCGAAGCUGACAUUGAGGAAGCCGAUUUUACAAACCAUGAUAUUUUUAUUACGGAAAUCAUUGCAAAAUAUGGCGAUUUACUCUCAAAGUUAGAACAAUAUCGACGAAAAUGUGAAGUAGAUCAAACAUCAAAGGGACUACUAGUCCAGUCCCAGACCCUAUUCUCGCCACACGGCGCGGCGGAGAAGGAGGGUCCAGAAGAAUUUGCAUGCGCAUGCGUCAACUUGUCCAAUCAAAACGGUUGCGAUUGA